GGUAAGCCAAGGCGCGCAAAGACGACCACAAAGAGCGCCAGAUCGUCGCGACGUCGCACGCGAAUUUCUUUCGCGCUGGUCUUGUGCUAGUGGUGGAAGGCAGUGAGAAGCGACUGUAAAUCAAAAAAGCUUCACGACCGAAAGGGUGGUGUUAGUGUGUGCAAAAUUUUAUAAUCUAGCACCGAGCACGCGGUUACCGACGACAAUGACGGCGAAAACGGCAUCAGUAGUAUUGCGACUUGGGCUCAGUGCGCUACCCGCGGCAGGACCCUUCCGGAUUGUGAGCGAAGGCGGUACAUUGCGACCCCUAUUGAACCUCUGCGGUGGUCGUGGCUUGGAAGGUAAGAGCUUACGAGAUAUUCAGGUGGACCAUUUCCGGCGGAUUUGGCAACUUCAGUGCAUCCGACACUACUCGCGAUACUCAGCCAAUAGAAUCAUGACUGGCUCGGAUACGUUCCGAUUCUCGGACUAUGACUGCAUCGGGUUCGAUUUGGAUAACACUUUACUGCGUUAUCAGAUUGGAAACAUGAUAGAGCUCGAGUAUGGCGUCAUGUCCAAGUUUCUGGUGGAAGAGAGAGGCUAUUCUGAGAAGUAUCUGUUGCAGCCGCCGGAUCUGGAUUUCCUGCAGAAAGGACUGAUCAUUGACUUCCACCGGGGAAACAUCCUCAAACUGGGACCAGAUGGAACGAUCCACCAGGCCACUCAUGGAACGAAAAAGAUGGCAGAGGCAGAGAUUAUUGCCUACUACGGGGAUGAGAAAAAGUGGGAAGUUACUACGGAAUACUGUGAGAACAUGUUGGUUGCCUGGAAUGGGCCUCUAUCGGAGAAGAUCCGGACGGUGCUAGAUUAUUUCGAUAUUUGCUCAACGCUUCUAUUCGGCAGAAUCAUCGAUACACUGGAUGAAGAGGCCCACGAGCGAAUUGGCCAUUACAAUAUCUGGCCCGAUAUACUGGACGCCUUGAUCCACAUGUACUCUCGAGAACACUUUGACCAAGGCGUAGGAGGCUACUUCCAAGCACUCAAGCAAAACCCGGAAAAGUAUCUUCUACGCUCGUCCCCAAAGCUAGUGUCGUGGCUUCGUGAGCUCAAAAAAUCAAAAACCACCUUCCUUGUGACGGGUUCGCAUGUAGAUUUCGCAAAUUUUACCGCGUCGUACGCACUGGGCCCUGAUUGGCGCGAACUGUUCGAUGUCGUCGUCGGAUUUGCCAAGAAGCCUGGAUUCUUCACCGGUGCCAAACCGUUCGUUCGGUUAGAAGGGGCGGUCGAAACGGAGCCAUUGAUGGCCUCCCAGCUAGAACGGAACGAAAUUUACUCGCAGGGCAACUGGCGGGACCUUAGCCUUCUGUUGGAGCGAAUCUCGCGCAAAGAACAUCCACGCUUCCUGUACGUAGGAGAUAAUCUAAUUCAAGACGUUUACACGCCGUCUAAAUUUACCAAAGCCGAUACGGUAGCGAUAGCGGAGGAAAUGGCCGCCGAAGGAAUGAAGGACCAUCCCCACCAUUCGCACCCGGACGCCUGCUAUCUCCAAUCGACGUUUUGGGGAUCCUACUUUGUGGCCGGUUCCAAUCCGCAGCUGGAAGAGCCGUCUCUGUGGGCAGACCUCAUCAAGCGAUACGCCAAGAUUUGCGUACCGAGCAUGGAUGAGGUGGCGCGGUACCCGGUAGACCAUAGCUAUAACAGUUUUACGGAGAGUGAAAGUUGUGCCGACGGGUACUAUCCGGCGGAACCGAUGAAACUAGUCAACUAGGAUCCGGUUAAUUAAUUACGCAUAAAGAUUCCAGAAAACAGUUUCAAGUGAUAUGCACAAAAUCAUACACAACGCCACUCAUAGGAUUGAAAUUCGCUGAAAGCAAAAGUGCGCUCCCCUUUCGACUGAGCUGUCCAAACAGAAUUACAUUCAUCUGGUUAGGCUAAAAAAAUAAUAUCACAGCCCUACAGCAAGCAUGCUCGUCCACCUUUGUUCACAAGCGCAAAAGUGUAAUUUAAUAAAUCACACCGCCGUUAAUAGGCGAUAAUAGUGGCCAAUCUGCAAUGCGAAUUUAUGAAAGAGGGGAGCCAGUUGAGAUCCACCAUGCUGACUGACAGCUUGAAGUGAAUUGUAGUAAAACCAUUUGUUUUAUGUCCGACAACAUCCCGCGCUAAAAAAAUGGACUUAGGUCACAUUCGGUAAGGGUUUAUUCGCAUCGUACAAUGCACUGCACAACUGUAACUGUGCAGAGUAAAUAUUUAAUCAAAUUCGAUUUACUGCACGAGCUGCACGUACUUCAAUCCUCUUCAAACCUUGGUUAGUGGAUUGUGUUGCGUUCUACGCCGAAUCAAGCGCGGAUGGCCCUGUGUGAACGUUUACUGACAAUAACUCUUUGCUGUAUCCUAAUUAUUGUUGUAAAUUUCACCAGCGAUUGUUUUUUUGUUCGGGAUUCUGUGUAACGUUUAUUUCCUUUUCGAAACCCACAGAGGUCGAAAGAGUCAACCGUACUAUCAACAGUCAUUAUAGCUCUUAAAGAGUUUUUUCAAAGCAAGGUAUUUUCUCUGUUACUGUAAUUGAUGACUGUAGUAAACCAUAGAAGGCUAAGUCAAAAAAUGUGGUACUAAUUAGAAGAAAGCGAAGCGAAGCUUUGGCUGAUUAGAAAUAGUAUAGGUAGUUCAGCGUACAAACACUACAAAGAACUAAUCUCAACAAUUGUACUAUAGGUUAUAAUCGACAGUGUGUCGUUUCUGUCUUAUCAAAAUAAAACUACAUAGAUUGGAUUCUGUAAUGAGAUUGCCCGUUGAAAAAUAAAUGAUUGUUACAUAAUGUUUGUAAUAUUACACCAGCAUAAUUAUGUUCAAUGGUAUACACACACAAACAAUAAAGAUGUCUAGCUUUUGUUUCAAAUAAAAUUGAAGUUUUAUUCUGUGA